AUGGCUCCGUCAAAGAAAGUCGUGAAAAAGAAUACGUUGCCAUUAGAAACGCUGAUUCGCAGAAGAAAUAAUAUUCUUGGAUCUGCUAAAUUGAUGGAACAAGCAAAUCAAGUUCCAGUGCGAAUCGAGCGUUUAGAUGAGCUAUGGGAUCGCUUCGAAAGCGUCCAGGAAGAAAUCGAGCUAAUGGAAGGUGAAGAAGAAGUGUUCGCAGAAUCUCGACAAACAUUUCAGACUCUGUACUAUGAGCUGAAAGCAUCUCUCAAUAGUAAAAUUCCGAGAUCUGCAUCACCUGUCCUUAGCCGAAGAAUUCCCGAAAGUGUUGUGCCCCCUGUGAACCCCACUCUGUCCGUGAAACUUCCUGAACUAAAACUCCCUGAAUUCCACGGGAAUCCCGAAGAAUGGAUCGAGUCCAGAGAUCUUUUCAACUCAGUUAUCCAUAUGAACAAUCUGAUAUCUCCUGUGCAAAAAUUGCACUAUUUGCGUGGUUCCUUGAAGGGUGAAGCCUCUCGUAUCAUAUCCUCAAUCGCGAUCUCUGCCGACAAUUACGCGAUUGCGUGGAAAGCUAUUUGUGAUCGAUACGAGAACAAAAACUUUCUCAUCAAGCGUCAUAUGUCAGCCAUUUUGAAAAUCCCCGCAAUUAGGCGGGAAUCUGCCGUUGGGUUGGCUGAGCUAGCUGAUGAGUUCAACCGACACGUGGGAAUUCUCGAUAAGUUGGAGCAGUCUAGUGAACACUGGAACUCAUUCCUCGUUGAGCAUUUGAGUACCUUACUCGAUGAAAAGUCCCUUAUGGAGUGGGAAACACAGUGCCAAGAACAGGAAUCUCCCACUUACUCCCAGUUGUAUGAGUUCAUCCAUAAGAGGUCUCGAAUGCUCCAAAAGUGCAAAGUGUUAACCAACACGAACACAAGUGUGCAAAUGAAGAACACUAGAGGAAAACCCUCUGCAUCUCAUGUCGUGUCGGAAAAUGUUGUGAAGUGCCUAAGUUGUAAGCAGGCACAUCAACUCUCGCAGUGCCCCACUUUUCUCAAGCUUACUCCGAACUCUCGCCUAGACUUUAUCAAAACCCAUCGUCUUUGUAUCAAUUGCUUGAGAAGUGGGCACUUAGCGAAAGACUGUCGCAGUAGUGUGUGUAGAAGUUGUGCCAAAAAACAUCAUACAUUGCUUUAUCUCCCCCCUCGAAACUUUAACGGCACAACUUCUGAAGAAUUAACUGAAAGUGAAACUCCACAAACCUGCAUAGCUGUGUCGACUGCUGCGACUACCAACACGUCAUCAGCACAAUCGUUCUCGGUAUCGCGAGCACCGCCGGUGGUGCGAUCGUGUCCGUCAAAUUCGUCGUCGCCGGUUACCCACACCCGAUCGAGUGGUGAAUCGUCGUUUGGGUUGCUCUCACGGUCGGGAGAGCAGGUUGUCGAAUGCCCUCCUCUCGCGUCGCAGCAAUAUUCGUCGUCAUUCGAAAAUGAACCACCUUCCCCCCAAGAACAGCCCACAUCACUCACACAAGUCACUUCGCCGGAAAAUGCCACUAUAUUCCUAUCUACCGCUCUGGUGCGAAUAUUGGAUCGCCACGGUAAUUAUCAUCUCGCACGCGCUUUACUCGAUAGUGGAUCGCAAUCAAAUUUUAUUUCCGAAUCGUUAUGCCAACGUUUGGAUUUGAAGCGCAACAAAAUCAACUUACCCAUCUGCGGUAUCGGACAAGCAACAGUUAAUGUCCAUUAUAAAGUACAUGCAAAAAUCACUUCUCGCUUCAAUCAAACCGAAUUUACACUCGACUGUCUCGUUUUGCCCAAACUAACGGUUUGUUUGCCCAGUCGGAACGUUAAUAUUUUUGACUGGAAAAUUCCUCGUAACAUUUCUCUCGCUGAUCCGAAAUUCAAUAUUACCCACGGAAUCGAUCUAUUAAUUGGCGCUGAACUGUUCUUCUCGCUUCUCGAAUCACACCAAAUCCUCCUUGGCGUAGGACUGCCAUUGUUACAGCGCACAGUUCUGGGGUAUGUAGUGUCCGGAAAAUCAAUUUCCCAAUCCGUGAACACAUCGAUAUGCAACACCGCCAUAAUGCAGCCACCGGACUUAAACGAACAACUCGAACGAUUUUGGCAAGUGGACAAUUUCGACGUCGGAAAAGCGUUAACCGCGGAUGAAAAGGAGGUAGAAACGCACUUCGAAAAAACGUUUUCGCGGAGUGACGACGGCCGAUAUGUGGUUCGACUACCUCUUCGCGAAGAACUAGUUCCAUUGUUGGGUGACUCAUACAGCACAGCUGUUCGUCGUUUUUUGCUAUUGGAGAAGAGGCUGUCAGCUGAUCAGCAAUUGCGAGAAGAUUACGAGAAGUUUAUGCAGGAGUAUGUGAUGUUGGGCCAUAUGGAAGUGUGCCGUCGCGUCGCGGGCCCGCAGUUCUUUCUUCCGCACCAUGCAGUGCGACGCCCUGAUAAUACCACCACCAAAACACGAGUCGUGUUCGAUGCUAGCUGCAAGGCAUCGGGUCAGCUGUCCCUGAACGACGUUCUCCACACAGGUCCGACGGUACAACCGGCUCUUCUAUCUACAGUUCUCAACUUUCGAAAGCCGAAGUAUGUCUUUACAGCAGACAUAGAAAAAAUGUUUCGCCAAGUAUGGGUGCAUCCAGACGAUCGAAAAUAUCAACAGAUCAUUUGGCGAAAAGAUCCCUCCUUACCCCUCCAAGUCUACCAACUCAAGACUGUAACAUACGGUCUAGCCAGUUCACCGUAUCAUGCGGCGCGCGUUCUCAACCAGCUUGCCACCGAUUAUCAUCAUGAUUACCCCCUCGCCUCCUCAAUUGUAAAGCAUCGAACGUACGUGGAUGAUACAUUAGCCGGAUAUGAUGAUUUAGCCGAAGCAACCGAAGCCUGUCGUCAACUUGUGGAGAUGCUGAAAAUAGCUGGUUUUACUUUGCGCAAGUGGUGUAGCAAUCAACCAAAGGUUCUCGAAAAUGUCCCCGAAGAACUUUGGAAUCAUUCGUCGCAGACCGAGAUCGGUCGGUCCACAACAACAACAAAAACUCUUGGCCUUUUGUGGAACCCCCAAACAGAUACAUUCAGCUUUAAAAUUCCGUCGCUGUGUACCGCCAACCCAGUUACGAAACGUGUGGUAGUAUCCGAAAUGUCGCAAUUGUAUGACCCCAUGGGUCUCGUCGGGCCUGUAGUAGUCAGCUGUAAAGUGUUCGUGCAACGACUAUGGGCUGCAAGUGUCGAGUGGGAUGCUCCACUUUCCGAAGACGAUCGCUCCUGGUGGAAUGAAUUUCGUGAUGGUAUACAAGAUCUCCAACGUCUCUCCAUCCCCCGUCGUGUUUUGGCUAACGUCGAUAAUGAGUUCACAUUGCAUUGUUUCUGCGAUGCGUCGGAACGUGCCUAUGGAUGCUGUGUGUAUGUGGUAAGCAAGGGAUCAGAUGAUCGCACUCAUAGCCAGCUGUUGAUCCCUCAGUCUCGCGUCGCACCUCUUCGCAAUCUGACCAUUCCGAGACUUGAGUUGUGUGCGGCAGUUCUAGCCAGCCAGAUGAUGGAGAAACUACGGACAACAACAGAAUUCGAUGGACCAACGGUGUUUUGGUCCGACUCAACUGUCGUGCUACACUGGAUUCGAUCUCCACCUCCAGAUUGGAAGCCUUUCGUAUCGAAUCGAAUUGCCGAAAUACAGAGGUCAACAAAAAACUCCCAGUGGAGACACAUUCGCACCGAUGUCAACCCAGCUGACAUCCUCUCUCGAGGGGCAUGGCCCUCCCAGAUUCUCGACAACGAUCUUUGGUGGCAUGGAACAGACUUUCUCGUGGCCGCUCCGGAGUUCUGGCCACCCGUUUUACCAACCUCCAACCUUCAGUCUGUGGACCGAGACGAGAUGAACAUUGAAAAGCGUCAACGUUAUACCACAGAUAAACAGACAGGACACUCUUUUUCCAUUCUUUGCAAAUUGCUCUGGAAGCUAGGCAAUGUCGCCAACAGAGUGCACUGCAUUCGGAUAAAAGAUUUCUAA